AUGGAUCAUAUGAGCUCGAGUACUAACAGCACAUGUCAGAUGUCUGAUAUGCUGUGGAAUUGGGAUGUGAUGAAUACAUGCUUCUUAUCAUCAGGAUGGCAUAUAACGACACGAGGAGCAUUCGCAGCAUCAUGUAUAGGAAUAAUCUUUAUUGCUAUACUACUUGAAUUACUUCGUCGAGUAUCAAGGGAUUAUGACCGAUGGAUCUUACGUCAAUUAUCAACUGUUACAAUGAAAAACUAUCGUCCUCGUAGAGCAACACCACUCCAACAACUCAUUAGAUCAUUAUUACACGUAGCUGUUUUUGGUGUGGCGUACUUGUUGAUGUUAUUAGCAAUGUCAUAUAAUGGUUAUAUCAUUUUUUCAAUAUUGAUGGGAACUGGAAUAGGAAAAUUCUUUUGUGAUUGGUUGGUACUUGGAGUAGAAGCGACUACGAAUGAUCAAGAUCCAACUGUCUGUUGUGGAUGA